ACAUGGGGGACCGGGAGCAGCUGCUGCAGCGGGCGCGGCUGGCCGAACAGGCGGAGCGCUACGACGACAUGGCCUCCGCCAUGAAGGCGGACAUCUGAAGCAUCAAACUAAGAAUAUUGGUGUUAUUAACAAAUUACUUUCUACCAUGAAUCUUCUAACUUGUUCAUGCUGCCUUUGUAAUUUAAAUGGUCACUUAAUAUUGCCUACCUGUAAUGAUUGAUGUUCUCUAUUCUACCAGCAUCACCUGGAGGACAGUGUUGGUAAAAUUCUCCCUAGUGGUCUUCCACUCCAGCAUUUUGGUGCUUCUUCUACUCCUUGCUACAGUGGCAUUUCCUUGGUGUUGACACUUCCUGCAGUCAGAACCUGGCACAACUUCUGAAGCUGCCUAUCCUGGUGCCUCCAGGGGUGGUAGCAUUCAGUAAUGCAUUUCAAAAGGGGUUGCAUUUAACCCCUGUAGAUCCCUGUGAAAAUGUUUGAUGAUGUCAAAAGCAAGUCAGAGACCGUCUCAGUGAUAAUGAGGGUGACAGAGCUGAAUGAACCUCUCUCCAAUGAAGAUCGAAAUCUCCUCUCAGUGGCCUAUAAGAAUGUGGUUGGUGCCCGGCGAUCUUCUUGGAGGGUCAUUAGCAGCAUUGAGCAGAAAACCAUGUCUGAUGGAAAUGAAAAGAAAUUGGAGAAAGUUAAAGCUUACCGGGAGAAGAUUGAGAAGGAGCUGGAGACAGUGUGCAAUGAUGUCUUGGCUCUGCUUGACAAGUUCCUCAUCAAGAACUGCAAUGAUUUCCAGUAUGAGAGCAAGGUGUUUUACCUGAAAAUGAAAGGUGAUUACUACCGCUAUUUAGCAGAAGUGGCUUCUGGAGAGAAGAAAAACAGUGUGGUAGAAGCUUCCGAGGCAGCCUACAAGGAGGCCUUUGAAAUCAGCAAAGAGCACAUGCAGCCAACACAUCCCAUUCGGCUGGGCCUGGCCCUCAACUUCUCUGUGUUCUACUACGAGAUCCAAAAUGCACCUGAGCAGGCCUGCCUCUUAGCUAAACAAGCCUUCGAUGAUGCCAUAGCUGAGCUGGACACAUUAAAUGAGGAUUCCUAUAAGGACUCCACACUCAUCAUGCAGUUGCUUCGAGACAACCUUACCCUCUGGACGAGCGACCAGCAGGAUGAAGAAGCAGGAGAAGGCAACUGAAGAUCCUUCAGAUCCCUGGCCCUUCCUUCACCCACCAUUCCCAUCAUCACCAAUUCUUCCUUGCCACAGUCACUAAAUAUCUAGUGCUAAACCUAUCUGUAUUGGCAGCACAGCUACUCAGAUCUGCUCUCCUGUCUCUUGGGAAGCAGUUUCAGAUAAAUCAUCAUGGGCAUUGCUGGACUGAUGGUUGCUUUGAGCCUACAGGAGUUCCCUUUUUGAAUUGUGCAAAGAAGUGUGUUCUGAAUGAGGCAUUUAACUAUGCCUAUUAAUCUAUGGCAAAUCUAGGCAAAAGUGAUUGGGGAGUUUAGAGAGGAGAAUUAGCCAACACAGGCUAUGGUUGAUAUUUAAAACAAGCUGAUAGUGUUUUGUUAAGCAGUACAUCUUGUGCAUGCAAAAAUGAAUUCAGCCCUUUCACCUCUUUCUUCAGCUAAUGGAAAACUGUUAAGGAAAGCUGAUACAGAGAGACAACUUGCUCCUUUCCAUCAGCUUUAUAAUAAACUUUGAUGUGAGGUUUCAGUAGCACCUUGUUUUGCCUCUUUAAAUUAUGAUGUACACAAACCUUUUAAACGCAAUGCAUCUAAAGUUUUGAUAUGUGUAACUUUUUCUUUCUUUUUUUUGGGUUGCAAUUGUUUAAGAAUCAUGGAUUUAUUUUUUGUAACUCUUUGGCAGUUGUCCUUGUGUAUCUUGACAGCACCAUGUGUGUCAGCCCAUGUCAAUCAAGACAGGUGAUUAUGAAAUGCCAGACUUAUAAAAUAAAUGUUUUGAAAUUCAAAGGGUAAAUAAAUGCUGCUUUGGGGAUAUUA